GCGUUUGAGAAUCCACAUCGGGCACAUCUGUCCCAUUACAUUUACGUAUACUGAAUCACGUAAUCAAAGAUUUACUACAUCUCAGAUGCAUCCGAUGUGGAUUCUCAAACGCGGCAAUAAUCGAUUCGCUUUUCGAUUUUGCCUGUCAAAAUAUGGACCCGACACCCGACUACGCGAUCUGUACGCGAUAGAACUUGAUUUGCAGGUUGACCUGCAUGUUGUACUAAUGGUAGGUGGCAUCACGGCAUAUAUUUUGACCAUAAUGAGCUUCAACUGUCAAAAUCAGAUGAAAAUAAAAGAAGGAAUAAAAAUUGAAAUUGACAAAAAGUCAGAUAUGGAAGCCUGCACAGCAGUAGAAAAAGAAAUUGAUAAAGUUUGCUCAAAAUUUGGAUACAUAAAUGAUCAUGCGAGAAGAAUAUUAUCGGAUUUGGUUAAUCAAAUUCAAAACCUGAAGGAAGAGUACGAUAACAGUAAUAGCGAACAUGUUUUAACUGAUUUACAAGUCGAUAUUUUAAGACAGAAUAUGGGUAAAAUUAAAGAUACAAUAUCUAAACUAGCUACUGAUCAUAGAGAUUUGCAUAGCACCGUUUCCAAAGUUGGCAAGGCCAUUGACCGGAACUUCGUAUCAGAUUUUGCAGCUACAAGUCGCGAGGAAAUAUUCAAUGGCACAGAAAAAAUAAAUCUCAUUAAUAAAGUUAUUUGUGAACAUUUUUAUAGGCAAGGACUGCAUGAUGUAGCUGAUGAAUUAGCUAGAGAGAGUGAUUUAACACCAGAGCCACAUGAAAAAGAACCAUUCACAGAGAUAAAUCACAUCCUAGAAAGAUUGAAAAUGAAAGAUUUAGAGCCCGCCUUAGCAUGGGCUACUGUACAUCAUGAUAGCUUAGAAGCACAAAAUUCAUCUUUAGAGUUUAUGUUACAUCGAUUAAAAUUCAUAGAAAUCUUACGUAAAGGUUCAAUUCAUCAAACAGACGCUAUAUGUUAUGCUAGGAUGCAUUUCAGAAAAUUUGUACACAGGCAUGAAAAAGAAAUCCAAACACUCAUGGGAAUGCUUUUAUAUGUUCCCAAUGGUAUAAAUAGUUCACCAUAUAGUUGCCUUCUAGAUUCAGAAUUGUGGAUUGAAAUUUCUGAACUUUUCCUGCGCGAAGCUUGUCAACUAUUAGGCGUUUGCGUCAACAGCCCAUUGACGACUUGCGUUAACGCAGGAUGCACUGCCAUACCAGCCUUGCUCAAUAUAAAACAAGUCAUGAUGCAAAGACAAGUUAGUGGAAUAUGGAAUGGGAAAGAUGAAUUACCUAUUGAAAUUGAUUUAGGAAAUGAAAAUAAGUACCAUUCUAUGUUUGCAUGUCCAAUUUUAAGACAGCAGUCUACUCAAUUCAAUCCACCAAUGAGAUUAAUUUGUGGACACGUUAUAUCAAGAGAUGCAUUGAAUAAGCUUUGUAGUGGAAACAAGAUGAAAUGUCCCUACUGUCCCGUGGAACAGACUCCAUCAGAAGCAAGACUAAUAUUUUUUUAAACGCGUAUAUAUAUAUAUUUUAUUUCACUUAAAUUGCAAUAUGGUUCUGUAAGGCUAAAAUACCAUUUUUCAUAAAUAUUUAGUAUUUAGUUUGACAUUUAUUAGUUUGUAGAUUUGUUAUACUUCAACUAAGAUUUAUCAUUUUAUUUGUGAUUCCUCCAGGUUAGU